AUGGAGAUGGAGGGGAGCGGGGGCAGCCAGAGCCAGCUGACCCAACCCGCCGUGGACGUCAACGAGGCAGCCCUGGGCGUCACCAAGAGAGAGCGCAAGAGAAGCAGGUACCUCUCCCCUCCCUACACCGACACAGGUGUCCAAGAAAAGAAGGCCGCCGGCAGCCGGCAGCAGCGAGAGGAGGAGGAGGAGGAGGAGGGGCCGCCCCAUGUCUCCGCCUCGGAGGUGCUCUCUGCUCUCCGAGCCGCCGCGCUCGGGCAGGGGGAGGGGAUGGAUGCAGCGGCCCGUUUUCUGGCCAUGUAUAGCAGGAACAGGAACAGCAUCUUCGUCGACGAUUCCCAUGCCGGCGGUGGCUCACAAGACGAUGGUAGCGACAAGCCUCCAUCAGCUGCUGGUGUUGGCCGCAAGAUGCUCAACCUCAAUGCAGGCCUUGACGAUGGAUCCUUGGCCAAGAAGAAGAAGAACCCCAACCCCAAGAAUCCCCAUCCUCCUGCUGCUGUUGCUGUUGCUGCUGCAGGUGCCAAUGCCAAGCAACAAAAGGAUGGCAUCAUGGAGAAUGCUGCACCUGCAGUGCCUGAACAUGCUAUUGCUACUCAUGGAGCUUCCCAAUCGGCUGAUUUUGCUGCUGCUGCAACGCAUGGGCAUCCCAAUCCUCCUGUGGUAACAACAGCAAUACCCCCCAUUAACAAUGAGAAGAACCCCAACCCCAAUAAUCCCCAUCCUCCUGCUGCUGUUGCUGAUGCAGGUGCCAAUGCCAAGCAACAAAAGGAUGAUGGCACCAUGGAGAAUGCUGCAGUGCCUGAACAUGCUAUCACUACUCAUGGGGCUUCCCAAUCGGCUGGUUUUGCUGCUGCAACGCAUGGGCAUCCCAAUCCUCCUGUGGUAACAACAGCAACACCCCCCAUUAACAUUAACAAUGAGAAGAAGAGGAAGAUGAACAAGAAAAGGACGAUGAAGACAGCUGGGCAGCACAGCUAUGUCGGGAAUCCCGUGGCACUUGUGCUGGACUUCGCCGAGGGAACUCCCCUGCCCUCCAGGGAGGACCUCCUCUCCACAUUCAGCAGGUUUGGCUUUGUGAUCGACUCCGAGACCACCAUCAGCCAAGAUAAGCACACCGCGCAAGUGGCGUUCGCCACCAGGGUUCAAGCAGAAACUGCCUUGAGCUGCGCCGCAACUCUUGGCGGUGCAUUUGGACCUCCAUUUGCAGUAGCAAGCCUCCAGGACCUCCCUCCCAUCACGCUCAACACGCCUCCUCCGCCUCUUCCAAAGCUCCCUCUCACAGAUAUUAGGAACAAUCUUGGGAAGAUGAUCUUGUCCUUGUCGUCUAAAGCCACAGCGGCACCUCAAGAAGCAAACGCAAAGACAGCCGUGGACAGUCUCAGUCUUGUGGGAGACAUGCAACGUCUUCUUGCCAAGGUUGACAAGGUGCUGCAGGUGCAGGGUGCUUCUGCUACAGCUCAUCACGCUUAG